AUGGGGGGCAAAUCCGACAACAAGGCUGGCUACUUCGAUAAGCUCAAGGGCUUACUCGAGGAGUACAAGUCCAUCUUCAUCGUCACCGUCGACAAUGUCAGCUCUCAACAGAUGCACGAGAUCCGUGGAUCUCUCCGUGGUGAGGGUGUCGUUCUGAUGGGAAAGAACACCAUGGUCCGCCGUGCCGUCAAGGGCUUCAUCGCCGAGAACCCAGAAUACGAGCGUCUCCUUCCUUUCGUUAAGGGUAACGUCGGUUUCGUCUUCACCAACCAAGACCUCAAGACCAUCCGUGACAAGAUUCUCGACAACAAGGUUGCUGCUCCAGCCAGAGCCGGUGCCGUUGCCCCUGCCGAUGUCUACGUCCCAGCCGGUAACACUGGUAUGGAACCAGGAAAGACCUCUUUCUUCCAAGCUCUCGGUGUCCCAACCAAGAUUGCCCGUGGUACCAUUGAAAUUACCGCAGACUUGAAGCUCGUUGAGGCUGGUUCCAAGGUCGGAGCUUCCGAGGCUACCCUUCUUAACAUGUUGAACAUCUCUCCGUUCACAUACGGUAUGGGUAUCUCCCAAGUUUACGAUGCUGGUAACACUUUCCCACCCAGCGUUCUCGACAUUGAGGAAUCCCAACUUCUCAAGGCUUUCAGCAGUGCUAUCACCACCAUUGCUGCUAUCUCCUUGGCUGCCAACUUCCCAACCCUUCCAUCUGUUAUGCACUCUGUUGUCAACAGCUACAAGAAGGUUUUGGCCGUUGCCAUCUCUACCGACUACAGCUGGGCUGAGAUUGAUGAAUUGAAGGACCGUAUUGCCAACCCAGAGGCAUACGCAAGUGCCGGGCCUGUCGCCACUGAGGCCGCCCCAGCUGCCGCUGUUGAGGAAGCCAAGAAGGAGGAAUCCGAGGCUGAGGACUCUGCUGACGAGGGUUUCGGAGGAAUGUUCGACUAA